AUGGACCUGGCAGAACUUGGACCAGCUGCAGAAUUCCUCAGAAGUGAAGCUGAACUGCUGUCUCUGCAGUCUGCAGCUUUCGAUGGGCAGAAGAAAUGCUGGAUUCUUGAUAACAAGAAUGCUUAUACUGAAGCAGAGAUUAGAGGGAGUGGAGAUGAUGGCAAAAUCAUUGUUGAAACAACAGAUGGGAAGAGGCUUAGUGUCAUGAAGGAUGAAAUACAGCAGAUGAAUCCCCCAGUGUUUGAAAUGAUUGAAGACAUAGCAAUGCUGAUUGACCUCAAUGAAGCAUCUGUGCUGCAUACCCUGAAGAGACGCUAUGACCACUGGAUGAUCUAUACAUAUUCAGGUCUCUUCUGUGUGAGCAUAAACCCUUAUAAAUGGCUUCCAUUGUAUCAGAAAGAAGUGGCAGUGGCCUACAAAGGGAUGAGGCGAUCAGGGGCACCCCCUCACAUCUUUGCUGUGGCUGGUAACGCCUUUCAGGAUAUGCUUCACAAUCAAGAAAAUCAGUCUAUACUCCUUACAGGAGAAUCUGGGGCUGGAAAAACUGUGAACACCAAAUGUAUUAUCCAGUAUUUUGCUACCAUAGCAGCCACAGGUGAACAUCAGGAAAAUCCAGAAACCUUACAAGAUCAAAUCAUGCAAGUGAACCCUAUCUUGGAAGCAUUUGGAAAUGCCAAAACCUUGAGAAAUGACAACUCUUCUCGUUUUGGCAAGUUCAUACGGAUGCACUUUGGUGCCAGAGCCAAGCUGUCAUCUGCAGACAUAAGUAUCUAUUUGUUUGAAAAAUCCCGGGUGAUUUUCCAACAGCCUGGAGAGAGAAACUAUCACAUAUUCUAUCAAAUUCUGUCUGGAAAGAGAGAACUUCAUGAUAUGCUCCUGGUAUCUGAGAAUCCCUCUGACUUUCACUUUUGCUCUCAUGGAGUAGUUGCUGUGGAGAGUUUGGAUGAUGCUGAAAACUUGCUGGCCACAGAUCAAGCCAUGGACAUCUUGGGCUUCCUUCCUGAUGAGAAGUAUGGAUACUAUAAACUCACUGGAGCCAUCAUGCACUUUGGAAACAUGAAAUUUAAACAGAAACUCAGAGAAGAACAAGUGGAAGCAGAUGGCACAGAAAGUGCUGAUAAAGCUGCUUUCCUCAUGGGCAUUAUCUCUUCUGAUUUGGUGAGGGGCUUGAUUCAUCCUAGAAUCAAAGUUGGUAAUGAGUAUGUUACUAGAGGUCAAACUCUUGAACAGGUGACCAGCACUGUUGGUGCCUUGUCCAAGUCAAUAUAUGAAAGGAUGUUUAAAUGGUUGGUGGCACAUAUCAAUAGGGCUCUGGAUAUCAGCCUGUCAAGGCAGUUUUUUAUUGGCAUUCUUGACAUCACUGGUUUUGAAAUCCUUGAUUAUAACAGCCUUGAGCAACUUUGUAUUAAUUUUACCAAUGAAAAAUUACAACAGUUCUUCAAUCAACACAUGUUUGUUCUGGAGCAAGAGGAAUAUAGAAAAGAAGGUAUUGAUUGGGUGCCCAUUGACUUUGGUCUGGAUUUACAAGCCUGCAUAGAUCUUAUUGAAAAGCCCAUGGGCAUCCUUUCCAUCCUUGACGAAGAAUGCAUGUUUCCUGAGGCCACAGACAUGACUUACAAAACCAAACUUUUUGACAACCAUUUUGAGAAGUCAGAUCACUUCCAGAAGCCCAAGCCUGAUAAGAAAAAAUAUGAAGUUCACUUUGAGCUUGUUCAUUAUGCAGGUGUGGUGCCUUAUAACAUCAGGGGCUGGCUUGAAAAGAACAAAGACCUCCUUAAUGAAACAGUCGUGACUGUAUUUCAGAAGUCAUCCAACAGACUCCUGGCAAACCUUUUUGAAAAUGUUAUGAGUACCAACAGUGCUCUACAGUUUGGGCAGAAGAAACACAAGAAGGGCUCUUCAUUCCAGACGGUUGCAUCGCUGCAUAAAGAAAACCUAAACAAAUUAAUGACUAAUCUGAAAUCAACAGCUCUUCAUUUUGUGAGAUGCAUAAACACCAAUAUGAAUAAAAUGCCAGGUAUAUUGGACCCUUACUUGGUUCUAGAGCAGCUACGCUGUAAUGGUAUCUUGGAAGGAAUUAGGCUAUACAAUGGAGGUUUUCCAAACCGACUACUGUAUGCUGAUUUUAAACAAAGGUACUGCAUUCUGAACCCAGAGAUCUUUCCAAAGAGCAAAUUUGUAAGUAGUAGAAAAGCAGCUGAAGAAUUACUUGGCUCCUUGGAGAUAGACCAUACUCAAUACUGCUUUGGAAUCACUAAGGUGUUUUUAAAAGCUGGAUUUCUGAGUCAACUGGAAGCAAUGAGAGAUGAGAGGCUAUCUAACAUCAUCACACUGUUCCAAGCCAGACUACGGGGCAAACUAAUGCGAAUCAAAUUCCAGAAAUUUCUGGAAGAGAGGGAUGCACUUAUUUUGAUCCAAUGCAAUGUAAGAGCUUUCAUGGCUUUCAAGAACUGGCCCUGGAUGAAACUCUUUUUCAAGAUCAAGCCUCUUGUCAAAUCUGAUGGAAUGGGAACUGAGAUAGCUGGGCUAAAGGAAGAGUGUAUGCAACUGCAAAAAGCCUUAGAGAAAUCAGAAUCUCAGAGAGAGGAAUUGAAAGCAAAGCAAGACUCCCUCAUCUGGGAAAAGAAUGACCUGCUUCUUCAGCUGCAGGCUGAGCAAGAGACCCUGGCAAAUGUUGAAGAGCAAUGCAAGUUGCUGAUUAAAUCCAAGAUCCAGCUGGAGGCCAGCAUCAAGACACUGUCUAAACGGGUGGAGGAAGAAGAGGAGAUAAAUUCUGAGUUGACUGCCAGAGGGCGGAAACUUGAAGAUGAAUGCUCUGAGUUGAAGAAAGAAAUCGAUGACCUGGAAACAAUAUUGGCUAAGUCAGAGAAGGAGAAGCGUGCUACAGAGCACAGGGUUAAGAACUUGACUGAGGAAGUGGAGUCUCUAAAUGAUGACAUUAACAAACUUAACAGAGAGACCAAAGUUAUGGAGGAGGCCCAUCAGCAGAUCCUGGAAGACUUGUGUAUGGAGGAGAAGAAAGUCAGCAACCUCAGCAAAGUCAAAUUACAGUUGGAACAAAAAAUAGAUGAACUUGAGGGUACCAUUGAGCAGGAGAGAAAAUCUAGAAUGACCUGUGAAAGGGAGAAACACAAACUGGAGCAUGACUUAAAGAUGAAUCAGGAACGUCUAGAGGAGAUGCAGAGCAGCCAACUGUUGUUAGCAGAAAAACUGAGGAAGAAAGAAUUAGAAAUUAAUCAGAUGAUGUCAAAAGUGGAGAAUGAGAAAGGCCUAGUGACUCCACUGCAGAAGAUGGUUAAAGACUUUCAGAUUCAAAUACAGUAUUUGAAAGAACAACUGGAAGCUGAAAAAACCACUCGAGCCAAGGUGGAGAGGGAGAGAGCAGACCUUACCCAAGAACUGGAAGACUUGAAUGAGAGGCUGGAAGAUGCAGGGGGAGCCAGCUUGGCUCAAUUAGAGAUAACUAGGAAACAGGAAAGUAAAUUCCAGAAGCUUCGCCAAGACAUGGAAAAAACCACACUGUACUUUGAAGCAUUGUCUGCAUCUUUGAAAAAAAGGCAUGCAGACAGUGUGGCUGAGCUUGAGGGACAGGUAGAAAAUCUACAGCAGGUCAAGCAGAAAUUAGAAAAAGACAAGAAUGACUUGCAGCUAGAAGUCGAUGACCUCCUGAUCCGGGUUGAACAGAUGGCCAGAGCUAAGGCUACUGCUGAGAAGCUCUGUAGUCUUUGUGAAGAGCGUUUGAAUGGAGCAAAUGCAAAACUAGAUGAAAUGACUCAGCUUGCAAAUGACUUGACAGCACAGAAAAUAAAACUACGGAAUGAGAAUGGUGAGAUCCUAAGGAGGACAGAAGAAAAGGAGACUUUGAUAAACCAGCUUUCCAGGGAAAAGACUACUUUGAUUCAACAAAUUGAAGAAUUGAAAGGACAACUAGAAAAGGAGACCAAAUCACAAAGUACUCUGGCCCAGGCCCUGCAGUCAGCUAAACAUGACCAUGACCUUCUGCAAGAGCAGUAUGAUGAAGAACUGGAAGCCAAGGUGGCGUUGUUGCGGGCCCUGUCCAGAGGCAAUGCUGAGAUAGUGCAGUGGAGAACAAAGUAUGAAGAUGACACCAAUCAGAAAACUGAAGAUUUGGAGGAUGCGAAGAAGAAGCUGGCAAUUCAGUUGCAGGAGGCUGCUGAAGUCAUGGGGUCAGCCAACGCCAGGAAUGCCUCCCUGGAGAGAGCCAGGCACAGACUGCAACUGGAGCUUGGGGAUGCCCUGUCCGACCUGGGGAAGGCCCGCUCUAAAGCAGCUGCACUGGACCAGAGACAGCAAUACUUAAACAAGUGCUGGGAUGACUGGAAGCAGAAGCACCAGGACUCACAGGCAUUGCUGGAAGCCUCUCAGAAGGAGGCCCGAGCACUCAGCACUGAACUCCUCAAACUCAAGCAUGCCUAUGAGGAGAGCUCUGUGAGCCAGGAGACUCUCCAGCGGGAAAACAAGAGUCUUCAAGAAGAGAUUUGCUCUCUGAAAAAUCAAGUAAAAGAAGGAAAGAAGAACCUAAGUGGAAUGGAAAUGGCCAAGAAGCAGACUGAACAAGAGAAGACUGAAAUCCAGAUGGCACUGGAGGAAGCAGAGGGAACUCUGGAACGUAAUGAAAGCAAGAUUAUUCAUUUUCAGCUUCAACUCUUGGAAGCUCAAGAAGAACUUGAAAGAAAACUUUCAGAGAAAGAUGAAGAAAUAGAAAUUUUUAGGAGGAAACAGCAGUGUGCUAUUGACUCCCUGCAGUCGAGUCUGGAUUCAGAAACUAGAAGCAGAAUUGAGGCUACCCAGCUAAAGAAGACCAUGGAAAGGGAUCUCAGUGAAAUGGAGCUCCAACUAAACUGUGCCACCCAGCAGGCAUCAGAGGCAACCAAAUCCCUGGGUCAGCUUCAGAUUCAAAUCAAGGACCUUCGGACGCAGAUAGAUGACAGCACACACCUUAAUGGCCAGCUGAAGGAGCAGGUAGCUAUGGCUGAGCAUCGCAACUCCGUCCUGCAAUCUGAACUGGAGGAAUUGAGGUCCUUGCAAGAGCAGACAGAACGUGGAUAUAGGUUAGCGGAGGAAGAACUCCUAGAAGCCACAGAAAGAGUCAAUCUUUUCCACACCCAGAACACAAGUCUCCUGAGUCAGAAGAAGAAACUGGAGGUUGAUGCUGCCAGGAUGCAGAAAGAAGCUGAAGAGGUGAUACAGAGGUGUCAGGAUGCUGAGGAGAAGGCUAAGAAGGCAGCCUCUGAGGCAGCAAACUUGUCAGAAGAACUGAAGAAGGAGCAAGAUACCAAUGAUCACUUGGAGAGGAUGAGGAAGAAUAUGGAACAGACAAUACGAGACUUACAGAAAAGACUGGGUGAAGCUGAGCAGACUGCCCUGAAGGGGAGUAGAAAACAAAUCCAGAAACUAGAAUCCAGGAUUCGUGAACUUGAAGGUGAACUGGAGGGUGAGAUUCAUCGCAAUGCAGAGGCACAGAGAGGUGCCUGCAGGCUGGAGCAGUGUAUCAAAGAACUGACUUAUCAGGCAGAGGAAGAUAAGAAAGCUUUAAGCGGGAUGCAGAUUCUGAUAGAUAAACUUCAGCUAAAAGUACAAAGUUAUAAGAAACAAAUGGAAGCAAUGGAAGCACAAGCUAAUCAAUAUCUUUCCAAGUAUAAGAAGCAGCAACAUGAAUUGAAUGAAGCUAAGGAAAGGGCAGAGACAGCAGAAUCUCAAGUCAAUAAACUCAAGAUUAAAGCAAAAGAAUUUGGGGAAAAAAGUAAGUCCGAUUUUAAUUUCUAA